AUGGGAUCCCGCGUGGUCAUCAAGGCUCUAGACCAUCUUGUCCUCACCUGCAAGAGUAUACCGCAGACUUCCGCCUGGUAUGCGAAGCACCUCGGCAUGAAACCAGAAUCCUUUGUAUCCUCAACAGAUCCUUCAACUGUGCGACACGCUCUGAAGUUUGGGGCUCUCAAGAUCAAUCUCCAUCAGCAGGGAAAGGAGUUUGAGCCAAAAGCCACUACUGCGCUUCCUGGCACUGCCGACUUGUGCUUCCUGGUCCAGGAUGGAACCAACCUAGCCGACGUCAUUUCCGACUUUCAGAAAUCGGGAAUCCAGAUUCUUGAAGGCGAGAAAGUGGUCGCCCGUACUGGAGCCCAGGGUCCAAUCCGAAGCAUUUAUGUCAGAGGUCCAGACGGGAAUCUCAUCGAACUGUCGCACUACGAAGAUGCUCAUUAG